CUUAAUAUUUAUUCCAACAUUAAUUGUAAAUUUUCUGAACUCAUUUCUUUUAAGCAGAAAAAAAUAAAACAAUAGCAGACGACUUUAUGAAGUUAUAAUGGGGGAAUUCGUGUUAUCCUAAAUUAUAAAUUUUAAUCUAUAAUCCCCAGAAGUUCUUGGUGAAUUUGGGGAUAUACAUUAAUCUAGCAUCUUGCGAUUUCUAACCGGUCUUAAGUAAAUAAUGGUAGUGACAGGUUAAACAUGAGUGUAUUUUCAAGUUGAAAUUAAAAUAACGUGUUGUAGAGAAAACAACAGCAUAUUUGAAAGGAAAAUGAAAGCAAAGUCAUUUUUCGUGGAUUCAUGGGAAGGUAGUGCACAAAAAAUUACUUGCCGGGAGGUGCAACUGCAACCCUUGGAUAAGAACGGUGUUCUGGUGAAAGUGAAAGCUUGUGGUCUUUUGAACUCUCAGCUUGAAUAUGCUGCAGUUUCUCACAUUUUAUUCAAAACGAAUAAUAAUAAGUACUUUCCUGUAGGAUAUGAUGUUGCAGGAAUAGUGGCUGGAGUCGGUAGUGAUGUUACAACAGUUACGAAAGGAGACCAUGUGGUCGGUAUCAUUCCAGUUGACUACGACCAGUCAAGUUGUUCAGAUUAUGUAGUGCUACAAGAGUUUGAUAUUGUUUUGAAACCAGAAAGAGUUUCCUUUGUUGAUGCUGCUGGCUGCAUUAGUGAUGCUGUUAAAUCAUAUAUUGCCCUCCAUUAUCUAGGCAAAAUGACAUCUGACAGCACAGUUUUAGUGCUGGAUGGUGCCUCGUCAUUUGGCAGCAUUUGUAUUCAGCUGGCCAGGCACUGGGGAGCUAAAGUACUCUCCACAUGCUCGUCUGAAGAUGAGAAGAGGUACCUCCAGUCACUGGACAUUGAUGUGUCCCAUAUUAUUGACUUCACCAUCAAAACUGAUUAUAUUAAGUCAAUAGUCAUGUUGGAAACUGGCGGUAUGGGUGUUGACAUUGUGGUGGAUAGUAGAAAGGAGAUACUGUCAAAGACAAAUGAUGAAUCUAAUGCCAUAACGCUGAAGAACUCAAACAGUAUAAUCUCACAUCAUGACAUCAUUUCUUGUCUGGCUGUUGGAGGAAAAUGGAUUACUUCCAAAGCUGACUUGCAACUGGACCCCCCACAUUCCCGGCAGUUGUACCUCCGGUGCGCCAGUGUCUGCUUCCUGUUUGAGCAGGCUUGGAUGCUGUCUGCAUGUCAGCAAGGAAGGUAUCAGCAUAUUCUUAUGGAUACUGUGGAAAAAAUCAAUUCAAAAGUAAUCAGGCCCAAUAUUCAUCAUACUGUCGCAUUUGAUGGCCUGGCAGACUUUUUCAAUUCUCAAGAUGAUCUACGAGUUGGAAAAGUUGUAGUGACCGUAUAAACUUAUUAUUGAAACUUUAGUAUCGACAAAAUGACAUGAAAUAUUUAUGAAAAUAUUUAUUGAGUUAUUUAAUAUUGUGGAUAUUUGUACCAAAGAUAUUACAUGCAAUAAAAAGCAAAAAUAAAUUAAAUUUGAUAUACAGGGAUUACUUGAAAGCUAAUGAAAGCUAAUUUAGAUUUUGUAAUUUUAUGUCACGCGGCCCUUGUUCGCUGAAGAUUCUCAUUUGUUGCAUUGAACAUUUUGGAACGUUUGUAAUUUGUUUUAUAUAGAUAUGGUGAAAUUCCAAAAAUAUAUUUUCUUUGUACUGUGUUUUGUAUAAAAAAAGUUGUUAAAGGAUGUAUUAAAAAAAAUAUGACCAAAGAUUAGUGUUUGAGAAUUUCGUGUAUUGAAAAAAGUUAUUUUUAUUGUGAGAAGGACCCACACAAGGAAACACGUUUUGAUCAGUAAUAUGAAAUUAGAUUAUGUAGAAAAUAAAGCAGCUGUGGAAAAAAUGUUUCCUGCCAUGAAUGCAUUGCAUUGGUGAUCCAUCAUGUUGUUUCACUCUUUGUCCAUCUCGAUGGCUUCAAUGUCAACGAGAUGUUCAGUUCAAAUUCACUCAUUCUGCUUCUGUUUGAGUAAUUGGAACCAUGCCUGUAGCCAGGAUUUUGUGAAGCAAAACGAUUAAAACAUUUUUUAUAA